UAAAACUUGAUUCUAUUUUUUGUACACAGUAGCUAGCUACCGCGUGCAACCUAUGCGAUACAUCUCUUAUUGAAUUGCUGUUAUUUUUUAACAUUCCCGUAGUUGUAGCUGUUAUUUAAAGAUGAAUACGGUUCUGUCGAGAGCUAACUCUUUGUUCGCCUUCUCUCUGAGCGUCAUGGCGGCCUUAACUUUCGGCUGUUUCAUCACGACAGCCUUCAAAGACAGAAGAGUUCCUGUGGACAUCCACGUCUCGAAAGUCAUGCUGAAGAACGUUGAUGACUUCACAGGACCCAGAGAGCGCAGUGAUCUGGGUUUCAUCACCUUUGACCUCUCAGCUGAUCUGCAGCCAAUUUUUGACUGGAACGUUAAACAGCUGUUUCUCUAUCUGUCUGCUGAGUACGCCACAAAGAGCAAUUCUCUGAACCAAGUGGUGCUGUGGGAUAAGAUCGUCCUUCGAGGUGAAAACACCAAACUGAACCUCAGAGACAUGAAGUCCAAAUACUUCUUCUUUGAUGACGGGAACGGACUCAGGGCCAAUAAGAACAUCACUCUGACGCUGUCCUGGAACGUGGUUCCCAACGCUGGAAUCCUGCCUCUGGUGGUUGGGAGUGGACACAUCAGCCUCCCUUUCCCAGAUUCAUACGAGACCACCAAGAGCUAUUAGACAGACGGGAACACACACCCAGCCAGUUUCAGCACACACUGUACACACACAUACACACACAGACUGAUGACUCGCACACACUGUACACACACACACUGGCGUUUCUUCGUACAUGUAAACGCGUUUUUGGUUUGUAAUAAAAGUUGAGAUUGGAA